ACUGAAUUCACCGAGUCUUUCCUUCCACUCCGCCUCGUUGGUUUCGAUCGCUUCGUCGCUCCCUCGGGCCCCACUGUCUCUACGACGCAUCGUCAAUAUCUUCGAGCAUUUUGCGCAACCGAUUGUUCUUUCGCGUCGCCGGUUAUUUCAGCUUUCGUCAUUGGAAAACAACAUUAUCGCAUCAUCGCUUUCGGUCUCUGAGAGAGACGUUAUAGAGUCCGUCGUCGUCGGAAGCCAGGCGUUUGAGGACGCUUUCGCCGCGACAGUUUGCAUCAGUACUUUCUAAUUUUCAGGCAUAGCCAAUUUCGCCUGUUUUCCCUUGCAGGGCCUGCCGCAUUUCGUUUGAGGACCGUUGAGCGCCGAUCCCAUCGCCAUGGACGCUGCCAGUCUCGCCCGGAUGUCUCAUACUCCUCCGUUCAACCAAGCCCACGGCCUGACUAUGGGCUCUGGCCUAGCCUCGCGCCGGGGCGGCCAGAACAUCAAGCCGCUUUCGUUCGAAGCGCUUAAGUCCCCGACCGAGCGGGACAAUGGGCUCCCGACUCCUCGCACCAGCCGGUCUCAUUUACUGGCCGGGUUGCGCACGGCUCCCAAGUCCGCGACUGCGACGAGCUUCCCAAACCUCCCAUCCCCGACGACGGUCGCGCCGCAGGCUCGGAACCGCAACUCGAUGGCGCCCGGCAUGUACGAAAACGCCAGCGUGUACAACGGACCUAAGACGUCGAUGCCGCGCUUCGCUGCCCAGCAACAGCCGCAGCAGCAGGCCUACAAUCCGAUGGCGCCGUUCAACCAGCAGUACACGGCCGAACAGAUUCUGGCGCCCCCGCAGCUCGAGUUGGACGAGGCUCCGGAGGGCAUGGACCCUAACCUGCACGCCCGGCUUGUGUACACCAAUGCCUACCUGUCGGAGCAGCAGCAGCGGCUGCAACAGCAGCUGAGAGCGCUCCAGGCUGCUGCGAAGCAGUUCCAGGGACUGACCCUCCGCGGCCAACCCCAGAUGAUGGCCCAGGCUUAUCCGGCCGUGUACCAGCAGCAGCUGCAGAAUGUCCAGGCCAUGAUGACCCCGGCCACGCCCCAGCCGAGCAUCUACACGGUCUACGAUCCGGUCACGGGCCAGCCCACCCUGUACAUGGACCAGAGUCAUGCCCAGGCUCAGGCUCAGGCGCAAGCUCAGGCACAAGCUCAGGCACAGGCGCAGGCCCAGCUCAGCGCCCAGCUCAGCGCCCAGCUUCACGCGCAGCUCAAUGCCCAGCUCGUCAACCAGGCCCAGCUGGCCAACGCGUAUGCGAACGCGCAUCAAGCCACCGUCGGCACUCCCAGUCUGCAGGUUUCCCCUCCGCCUUCGGAUGCUCACAAGACAGGAUUCCGGAUCCCAUCGCCGCCGCGUCAGGUCGACUCUCCCGGAGAGAGCACCAGCCCUCUGCCGCCGCCGUCCGCCAACGCAUUCCGCAGGAGCCACAAGAAGACUCCGUCGCUGUCCAGCGGCAACAAGGCCCAGCUCUCGAUUGCGACGAAUGAGGAGCCGCCCAGGUCUGCGGGACCCAAAACUGCUUCGUUUCCGCUCACGCCUGUGACUGCCGGCUAUGGACCUGGUCAAGGCCGAGCUGGCGAGCACCCCGUUCGCCAGCCUCGCAAUCCUCCGUCGCUGGACGAGCUCCUGUCCAAGCCGACAGCCAAGCACGAGGGCAGCAAGAACUUCGUUGCUCGCACCCGGCGCUCGGCCAUCAACAACCUGGUCCGGGCGGGCCUCGAGAGACGCAAGGAGGCGCGGAGCUCUGGAAGCAUCAGCCCCAAUUCCGAGAGCACCGAGGAACUGGUCGAGACGCCUAUGACGGAUAAUGAUAGCGAUUCUGGCCGGAGCGGCUCUGGCAGCCUGAUUGACCGCGAUGAUGCCGAGUGCAGCCUGCCUAGCUCGAGGACCAGCACGGGCAGCUGGGGCGCCAUCGGAUCUGACCGCCCGGGCUCCCGUCAGAAGGCCGAUCGUAACAGCGUUGACAGCGCACCCUCGGAUUCUGAGAGCGCACGGGAGCCGGGCAGUUUCGCCAGCCUGCUCAAGAACAGCAACUCGGGCGCCAAGAAUGAGGGCGAAGUUCAGCGGAAGGCGCCCAGGCUCGUUCUCACUAGCGCCGAGAAGCGCAAGCUGGCUGUCUAGGCAUCGAUGAGAAUCUGGGGCGGUGGGCGCGGGUGACGUUUCUCUUACGCUAAUUCACGAUUAUGCCCAUGUUUCUUGCUUCGACGUCGCGAUGGAGGUGCUUUUCCCCAGCGCUGGGUUGCAGUGCUUCCUCCGAGGCUGGGAAUGGACCUCCGGCGCGGCA